AUGCCUAACGUCUCGCAGCCGGCCUUAGCCGGAUUAUCAGCACUCGAGAGCUUACCGGUGGAAAUUAUCCAAGAGAUUUUCCUCCACUGUCUCGAGGUCAACCUCCCACGAGCCUCCAUACACAUCGCCCGGGCUCUCUCCAACACGGUCCUAUACACCUGGGUCAUUCGCUAUGUCUUCAGCAGCACCAACGAAAGCGCAAGACAGGAUUUCUUCACACCUGAUUUCCUUCCCUGGCCUCUUGAUGUUUUCGCCAUCUCCCCCAAUGAGAGAAAGAACCUGCAAAACGUCAUCCUCGGUUGUCGCUGGUGUACACUACCUCUGAUCCGCAAAUGCCAGAGGGACUACAUCGAGCAUACGAUCCGCCGCAAGUGUCUACAGCUAGACUUGUCACCCGAAGACCGCCAGAUUCUCAUAGCUAUUGGCGAGCAAUUCGACAAGGAUGUACAAUCCACGCCUGAUGAAACGCCCCAUGGUCAUCGCGGCAAAGGCGACCUAAUACUCAAAGCCAAAAUCCCAAAGUCGGAUGUGGACUGCAAAGUUGCAGUGUGGUUCGAUGCUGGCGCAGUUCAGAUCCGUCCAUCGAGCGAGAUCUACCAGGAGACUGACAUCUUCCGGCUACCAUGCUUCGCAGCCAACCUACCAGUCCAGGUCCCGGACAAGCUACUUUUUCCUCCUUGGACCGACUCUAAACUGGACUUCCUCGAGCUGCUCUCAAUGGACGGCUAUCUUGACGAGGAUCCCGAGCACCCGCGCGCGAAGCGAAUCCUCCGACAGACGAUUCGAGACCGUGACCUCGCAACGUUUAAGCGAUUGCUGAGCAUGCGGAUUCGUGUGCCGUGGUACAAGUACCCCAUUCGGUGGCCGGUCCUGCCAAAUCACUUCUACGUGGCGUUGAAGUAUGCGGACGAGGUGGAGGACCCUUUCGUCCGGUUGCUGGUGAGUCAGCGAUGGGAGGAUAUCCCAACUGACGACUUUCAGCUCAAGGAUCAAUUGAUGGCUAAACUUGGGACAGGCAUCUCGGGAUAA